UGAAUCCAAAAAUGAAAUGCAAAAUAGUUAUUAUUUUUACACCAUUUGAAUGACAAUUCUCCCUGCUUUUGUUAAUAAUUUUUUAAUAUGAUCAAAGUCGUUUUUGGUAAUUUGACGUUGACGUUCCGGUAUCAAUUAUUUAUUUAUGUCGUGAUCAAUCAUAAAGUUGAGUGUGAAAAUUCGCGAUGGAUUUCCUGGGCCAGUCGAUUCCCCCGUUCUUCGAGCGCUACAUAGGAAAGCCUGAUGCGAGGGUUUCGCGAUGGGUCCUGCUAAAUUCGCCCGCCUACUUGGUGGGCAUCGUCACAGGCUACUUCCUGACGCUGCUCACGUUGAACAGACUAAUGAAGAACAGGAAGCCCUUCGACUUGCGUCUAGUGAUCAUCGUGUACAACGCGCUUCAGACGUGCUUUUCCGCGUACAUCUGCAAGGAGGUCUUUAUGAGUGCCUACCUAGCAGAUUACAGCUUAUCAUGCACGCCAGUCGGCAAGGGUUCCGACGAGUUGGUCGAUAGGAUGGCGAACACGUUUUGGUAUUUCUAUCUAUCCAAAGUAUUCGAUCUUUGCAACACCGUGUUCUUUGUACUAAGAAAAAGACAAAGGCAACUGAGUUUCCUGCAUCUCUACCACCAUUCAACGAUGAUAUUCAACUGGUAUAUAGGAUCAUUGUAUUCGCCAGGCGGACAAGCCUUCUUCAGCGUCUUCUGCAAUGCCCUAGUGCACGUAAUCAUGUAUCUUUACUAUCUUCUUUCUGCGAUGGGACCUCAAAUGCAAAAGUACCUUUGGUGGAAACGCUACUUGACCCAAAUACAAUUGAUACAAUUCUUUGUGGUAAUAUUGCAUCUGAUCGUUGGGAUGUACAAUAGAUGCAAAGCACCAUUCUGGUUGAACUGCUUUACCAUUGGUUAUCUUUUGACUAUGGUGGCACUCUUUGCCAACUUCUACAAGGUGGCUUACAAGAGCAAAAGGGGCACUCUGAAGCGGAAACGACGCAAAUCGAGAAGCUAUGAUUUCAAAGCCGGCGGUGAUUUCAAAUAUGACUAAAGUUUUCAGCAUUUGUAUACCUCGUGUUGCGUUCGUACAAUAAA